AUGGCGUCUGCAGUGGAUACAUCUAUGAGCCGAAUGUUUCGUCGUUUGACUCGUAGAGACCAGUCUUUUUUGAUGAGACCACCUGUGCAUGGCCGGAAGCUAUUACAACCAAUGAAGAUGCCAACAAAUAAAAGAGAAAGGGAUUUGUUAGAGAAACAGGUGUAUCUUCGAGAAAAUUUACCUGUUCUGAACAAAAAGGAAACUGCCAACUAUUGGAAGUCUUUCAAGCAUAGUCUGUGUGUUGAUUUGCUCGCAUCUGGCUUUCAUUUGUCCUUUGAUGAGAUCUUCAAUCUCAUUCAAGAGCAGAAGAAGCGAAUAUCACCAUAUGAAAAGAAACAAACAUUAUUGGAAGAAGAAAAAGACAAAUUGAAUAUAAUCAAGAAACAAUUGAUGGAAGCUGAAUCUGCCAUGCUUGCUGAGAAUUAUCGACUGGCAUAUGAAGCUCGAUUGGUGUUAGCAAAUCAUUUCAGCAAUGAGGAAGACAAGUGGUUGUCCGAUCAUUUUCGGGAAACAUGUUUGGAAGUCAGUUGUCUGGUAGAUUCUGAUGAGGGUAAAACUUAUGCUGAAGGAUAUUGCAACAUGGCUUUGGCCCUCAAAGACAGUGGUGAAUAUCUUAUGGCAAUGGAAAAGUUGGAAUGGUAUUAUGAACUGACUGCUGGUCGGGAAUGGACAAAUGAUGAGGGACUCAACCUUCAUCAGCAAGCCAGCAGCUAUCUUUUCCAGAUCUACACAUUUAUAGCUAUGAAAAAGAAAGAAAGCGGUUACACAGAAGAAGCUCUUUUAUAUUUACAGAAGGCUUAUGAAAGAGCUGUAGAAGCUAAAGAUCAAAAUGAUAUUGGAGAAGCCAUCUAUAAACUUGGUCUUGCUUACCUUGAUGCUAAAGAUCCUGAUGUUGCUCUUGAGCACUUGAAAAAAUUUAUGGAAAUCUCAGAAAAACUCCACAGUGCUUAUGGCAUGGGAAGAGCUGCAAAUGGUAUCGCCUCUGCUUAUGAAAUGAAAGGUAACAUGGACAUAUGCAUGACUUACUUGAGAAUGUAUGUAGAUAUUGCCGAAAAGAAUGGCUUGGAACAAGCCUACAGCACUGCAUGUCAUCAUUUGGGUAGCAUUUGUAAUUCACUUGCAAUUCAUGAUGAAGCUGUGGAAUGGUUCAGCAAAGCCUACAACAUUUCCCGAGCUCUCAAUGACUACCAGUCCCUUGGGGCCAAUCGUGUUCAGUUUGGUACAGCUCUUGCACACAAAAUGAAUGUGAUUUACAUAAGUAAUGUGAAGAUGCCAAAUAUUGAAGCUUUGCUUAAAUGGAAAAGCUUUCGUGCUGAAGAAUUCAUUUCUGAAGAGAAUGAGGUUGAGAACCAUACUGAGACUAAUGCUGAAGAUUUGUUCUCUGACAAGAAGAAAGAGCCAAGUGAAACAGGAAAUGAGCCCACAGAAAAUGUCUCACAUGAUGCAAAUGUCAUUACUAGCAAAUGUUAUCUAUCGAGUGGCAAAAAAAGAGCAGCAGUAAUAGUCACAAGCACGCGUCAUAUCCUCCAGUCCAGUGGCUUCAAACAACAUUUUUUCUUUACAUUAUUAUUCCAUAUUCCUUAUACUGUCUGCAAAAGUGACAAAACUUUCUCUAACUACUAUGUGAUUCUAAGAGAAUCGCCUUUUUUAUCUGACGAAGUCAACCUGCCAAUACAACAAUGGUGGGGACUGUUGAAUUGUGGUUGA